ACCGGCUCCGCUCGAGAACCAUGGCCGACAAAGCGCAGCUCCAGGGGGCGAUUAAAAUACAGGGAGAGGUCGUCAGAAAACUGAAAUCGGAGAAAGCGAGAAAAGAUCAGUGACAGGGUUGCUCAUCACUUUUCUCCUGUUCUUCCUGCUUGUUGCCACGGAUACCACCAUCAUCCUCCACCUCCCAUCACUGCACACCUGAAAUACUGCUGCUGUUCGUGGGAUGUGAUUGGACGAUUCUGCUGUGAUUCUGUGGAAGAACCUUUGGGACUGUGGUAUUGCUGACUGUGUGUGUGCUGGGUUUGGACUCCGGUUGUAUCAUGAACACUCUGGGAUUGAUCUCCAUGCGCAUGUGUGCCGGACUGAUGGGCCGUCGCACCACCAUGCUUCUGCGAUCUACGCGCUGCUCAUUUGGAAUGACGUUAUCACAGAUCGAUGAAGAAGUUGCCAAACUGUUGGAGCUCAAAGCUCAGCUGGGUGGAGAUGAGGGCAAACAGACGUUUGUGCUCAAAACAGCCAAGGGGACCAGGGACUAUAGCCCCAAACAAAUGGCUAUAAGAGAGAAGGUUUUCAACAUCAUCAUCAGCUGCUUCAAACGUCAUGGUGCAGAAACCAUUGAUACACCCGUCUUUGAACUAAAGGAAACUUUAACAGGGAAGUACGGAGAGGACUCCAAACUCAUCUACGAUCUAAAGGACCAGGGCGGGGAACUUCUGUCCCUGAGAUAUGACCUCACUGUCCCAUUUGCUCGCUAUCUCGCAAUGAACAAGAUCACCAACAUCAAACGCUACCACAUCGCCAAAGUGUACCGCAGAGACAACCCAGCCAUGACCCGCGGCAGAUACAGAGAGUUCUACCAGUGUGAUUUCGACAUUGCGGGUCAGUAUGACGCGAUGAUCCCUGAUGCUGAGUGUCUUAAGAUCGUCUAUGAGAUCCUGAAUGAACUAGAUCUAGGAGAUUUUCGUAUCAAGGUGAAUGACAGACGCAUUCUAGACGGGAUGUUCGCUGUGUGUGGUGUUCCUGAUGAGAAGUUCCGCACAAUCUGCUCUACAGUGGACAAACUGGACAAGAUGGCCUGGGAGGAUGUAAAAAACGAAAUGGUAAAUGAAAAGGGCCUUUCGGAGGAUGUGGCCGAUCAGAUCGGGCAGUUUGUCAGCAUGCAAGGUGGGCUGGAUCUGGCCGAGCGACUGCUUCAGGACCCCAGACUAUCCAAGAGCAAACAGGCCUGCGCCGGGCUCACAGAUAUGAAGCAGCUCUUCAGCUAUCUGGAGCUCUUCCAGGUCACAGACAAGGUUGUGUUCGAUCUCAGCUUGGCUCGAGGUCUGGACUAUUACACUGGUGUAAUUUAUGAGGCGAUUCUGUCCCAGACCUUACCAGCAGCAGCGUCCACGGCGGCGGAGCAGAAUGGUGCGGUGGCGGGCGAUGAGGCAGGUGUAAGCGUGGGCAGCGUGGCCGGCGGAGGACGAUACGACGGUCUGGUGGGAAUGUUUGACCCCAAGGGCAGAAAAGUACCAUGUGUGGGUGUCAGCAUUGGAAUCGAGAGGAUCUUCUCUAUCAUGGAGCAGAAGGCCGAGGCGUCUUCAGAGAAAGUCAGAACCACUGAAACACAAGUGCUGGUUGCCUCGGCGCAGAAGAAUCUUCUGGAAGAACGACUCAAGCUGACCGCCGAGCUUUGGAAUGCAGGAAUAAAGGCUGAAGUUUUGUAUAAGAAAAACCCAAAGCUGUUGAGUCAGCUGCAACACUGUGAGGAAACUGGAAUUCCGCUUGUGGCUAUUUUAGGAGAGCAGGAACUCAAAGAUGGAGUCGUCAAACUACGCAACGUCGCCACCCGAGAAGAGGUGGAUGUGCCCAGAUUCAAUCUGAUUGACGAGAUCAAAACACGGACCUCGUAGUCUUAGAAACGGUCGCCGUGAAGAUGGAGGGUGGACCUGUUUACCACACAUCAUUUACAGUCGUCUGUCAGUUAAACAUGUACAUCGAGGAGUCACGUUCAAUUCAUUGCCUGUUUUUUUCAAAUCUGCAUGGAUUAAAUCAGAUCUCAAUAAAUGAGUAACACA